UUUGGGUCUAUUUGGGUAAAUCGACGCACCCGAAUAACUUGUUAAGCCUCAAUUUAUCAUGUCUGCGCGACUUUCGCUUUCCCUUUUUCGAAGUUUCGAAAAGGUGGUAUUUAAGCCAAAUGUAGGUCAUGUGCGAUGCAUGUCACAAGCCAGUGCUGCUGAACGAUACACUAAAGUCUCUGAAGAUGAAAAGGGCAUCCGCACUAUACAGCUUAAUGAUCCAAAGAAAAGAAAUGCUCUAUCGCUCAAAAUGCUUAAAACUCUUCACAACAACUUGACAUCUGGCGUAGACGACCUGCGAGCCAUAAUUCUUUGUUCCACAGGCCCAGUAUGGUCAGCAGGUCAUGACCUGAAAGAGUUGACAAGUAAAGACGGCAGAGAGUACCAUCGGCAAGUUUUUGACACCUGUUCAGAGGUCAUGUCAUUAAUUCAGGACUUGCCCAUCCCGGUCUUAGCAUCUGUAUCAGGUUUAGCAACAGCUGCUGGUGCUCAGCUGGUUGCUAGCUGUGACAUUGCCAUUGCCGCACAGAGUGCCAGAUUUGCAACACCGGGAGUAAGUGUGGGUCUGUUUUGCUCGACCCCAGCAGUAGCUGUAGGGAGAGCUGUUCCAAGAAAAGUUGCCAUGGAAAUGCUGUUUACUGGUCAUCCUAUUACAGCUCAAGAUGCACUGCUGCAUGGUUUGGUCAGUAGAGUGGUUCCCGACCAUCAACUGGAAGAAGAGACACAAAAAAUUGCAGAUAGAAUUUGUGAAACAAGUCGAGAAGUUGUAGCAAUUGGAAAAGCAACAUUUUAUGCGCAGAUGAAUUUAGAAAGAAAAGAGGCAUACAGAUUGACGUCAGCUGUAAUGGUGGAGAAUCUGUCACUAGAAGACGGACAGGAAGGAAUCAAGGCCUUCAUAGAAAAGAGGAAGCCUACUUGGUCACACAGAAAUCAGAAAGUUCACUAACAUACACAGUCGGUGUAUUAUUUCUGACCUACGUCAUAGGAGAAGUGACAACAUAUGUGAUAAGGACAUAUUGUGUAUACAAUAUCUAACGCAUAGUAUGCAGUGAUAUCUUAUUAAAUUGGUUUCAUUUUA